AUGACACUCUCCCACAUUGUGCUGUUUGGGUUGUUCAGGGACGUCGUUUCCCACCAUUCGGGCGUGGACGAUGUCGUGGGCGAGUCGAAUGUCGUUGUUUCGGACGACGUGCUGGACGUGGUGGGCCAUUCUUGUGUUGAUGAUGACGUCGAAGACGAGGUAGGUGAAAACGACGAUGACGACGACGAUGAUGACGUGGAGGAGGGCCACGUGAAACUGGACGAUGACGAUGACGAUGACGAAAACGACGAGCUGGAUGACGACGACGACUCAGAGCUCGAGGUCACGGAACUCGGAGGUUCAAAGGAUGUUUGGAACGAGCUUGAACUGGUGCUACUCUGCCACCAGGGCAACAGGGAAGUGUCUCUUUUUUCGAUUUUGGCAGGUGGAAUCAUCAGCCGAGCCACCGCCUUGGCCUUAGCGGCCGUGGGUUCGUAG